ACAGCUCACGGCAAUGUAGAAGUAAUAAAUAACGUAUCGUAAUUAUUGCUGUGCAAUUUAAUAAUUAAUGAUAAAAGUCAAUUAAAAAAACAUUUACAACAAAACAAUUGAAGUAUCAUUAAUAAAAAAACUUUUUUUUGACAUUUCAAUACAUAACUAUCUAUAUGUAAAAAAAAAAAAACAAAUUUAUUGCCCCAGACUUAUUGAGUUCUUCGAAUCAGUAAUAAUUUUUUUUUCGUACAUUGAUAAGUAAAAUGUUGACUGUAGGGAUUAACGGAUUUGGUAGAAUAGGAAGAAUGUGUUUGCGUGUUUGUCUAGAGCAAGAUAUCGAUGUGAAAUUAAUUAACGAUCCCUUCAUUCAAACAGAAUACAUGUUAUAUUUAUUUAAAUACGACUCAACCCACGGGACCUAUCCUUCGGCAAUGGAAUUUGAAAAAGCCGCUCUUAUUAUUGGCAAUAAAAAAAUAUCAACCUCACAGGAAAAAAAUCCUUUAAAAAUAAAAUGGAAUAAUCAUGGAGUUCACUUUGUCAUUGAAUCAACUGGAGUAUUUACAUCACUAGAAAAAGCAUCGAUGCAUAUAGACGGAGGUGCAAAAAGAGUUGUAAUAACUGCACCCUCAGUAGACGUACCAAUGUACGUAUUUGGUGUGAACCAUUGCUGUUACAAUCCAAAAAAAGGAUCCGUAGUAUCAGCGACAUCUUGCACGACAAAUUGCGCCGCCCCGAUUGUAAAAGUGAUUAAUGACAAUUUUCAAGUUCUCGAAGCGAUGAUAACAAGUGUACACGCGACAACUGCUACUCAAAAAACCGUCGAUGGACCAACAGGAAAGGCAGGUUUUCUCAUUCAUCAACUACUCCCCCACUUGUGGCGAGAUGGCAGAGGAUGUCUCCAAAAUAUAAUUCCUACAUCAACCGGCGCUGCCAAAUCUAUUGAAAAAAUAAUUCCUGAAUUAAAAGAUAAAAUAUCAGCGAUUGCUUUUCGCGUUCCUGUUCCUAAUGUUUCGUUGUGUGACAUAACAUUUAGAAUCAACAAACCCACGAGCUAUGACGAAAUAAAAACGGCGAUGAAAAAAGCCGCGGGUAGUCACCUCCAAGGAAUUUUGCAUUACACCGAAGAUGACGUUGUUUCGUCAGACUUUAACCAUACGAAAUACUCGUGUGUAUUUGACGCAAAAGCUGGGAUUCCCCAGACUGGCACUUUUGUUAAAGUUGUCGCUUGGUAUGACAACGAGUACGGAUACGCAAAUCGGAUUAUUGACUUGAUACGAUUUAUGCAAGAUGUUGAUUCUGGAAAAACUUGUCCUCCAACUGAACAUCCUAUCGACGAAUCUUUUGCCGAAUGAUAUUUUUAUUUUUUUCUUAAACUCAAUAAAAAAUUUAUUAUUAUAAUAAAAAUAAGAGAUUAAUUAUAAAAUUUUUAAUAUAAUUUUUAUUUAAAUAAAUAUUAAAAU